UUUAGCACAUACUCAGGACUCCAAACUGCUAGCAUUUCUCCUUCUCACAACAUUUAGUCGAUAAUGAGAUGUUUCUCAUAUUAUUAAUGCAAAUAUAUCACCUGUGUUCUCAGUAAACCUUUGGGUGUGACUGCUUGCCCUCCAACCGCCUUGUUGUGAAGAAACGGAAGCGGUAUAAAAUAGCGAAAUAUACCGGUUGUGCCAGAAAACUGUAGCUUGCUGGUAGCAGUUAGCUUCGAGAGUACAGCAAGUGAGGCGGCUGGCUGGGCAACCAUUACUGUAGAAGCGGCUUCAGACCGCCGGCUGUCGAGCUACCUGUGUCAGUCAGUUGCCAUAAUAGGAGGUAAAGUGUGACUGGUGGCUUAUGAGGAAGCCACGUCGAAAAGGCCAGGUGGCCGCAGGAGAUGGAACUGAUGUCAGGAAGUCCAAUGGGACAGUUGGCAGGCGUGGGACAGUUGGCGGGCGUGGGGGGGCCCGGCAGCGAUCCCCAUCCCCUUACAGUCUCAAAGCAUCUCCAACCAGAGAAACCCUGUCUUACUCCCAGGCCCAGAAGGUGGUAGAGGUGGAACUAGAUGGUAGGCUUCAUCGCAUUUCUAUUCUAGAACCCUUGGAGGUUAUUACUGAAGAUGAGAUGAUGGCUCAGGACAUUAUUGAGUGUAACAGCAACAAGGAGAACAGUGAGCAGUCAUCACCUCCCACCAGCAGUGCUCAAACUGUCCGCAAACCCAUCACGCCCCGGGGCCGCAGGAAAGACUCCAAAUGCCCUCCUGUCAAGUCGCCACCACCUUCCAAGAACCGCUGCCCCAAUUCUCAUCCCCCAUCCCCUGAAAAGUUUAACGAAUCACACCAUCAGCACAUGACCCUCCCUGAACCUAAGUUUCAUGUGUUAGAAACCUUCACGCCAGUCGAAGCACCUCCUCUGCCCGCGGGAUAUUACCGUUACAUUGAGCGGUUAGCUGAGGAGCAGGAAGCUGAGGCAGAAUAUGACAUGGACGAUGAAGACACCGCCUGGCUGGAGAUGGUCAAUGCUGGCCGGACGUCAGAGGGUUACUCAGCUGUCACACCAGACAACUUUGAGUUGCUGGUAGACCGGCUGGAGGAGGAGGCGUACCGGGAAGCCCGCAGCCGGGCACCCUCUCAAAGUGCUAUUGACGACGAUGCCUUCUGCUGCGUGUGCCUGGAUGAUGAGUGCCUCAACAGCAAUGUCAUCCUUUUCUGUGACUCCUGCAACCUGGCCGUCCACCAGGAGUGUUAUGGUGUACCAUACAUCCCUGAGGGCCAAUGGCUGUGCCGCUGCUGCCUUCAAUCCCCUCAGAAACCUGUUGACUGUGUUCUAUGUCCGAACCGUGGAGGCGCUUUCAAACAAACGAGUGACGGCCGCUGGGCACAUGUCGUGUGUGCCAUUUGGAUCCCUGAGGUCUGCUUUGCCAACACAGUGUUUCUGGAACCAGUGGAAGGGGUCAGUAACAUCCCCACGGCACGCUGGAAAUUGACUUGCUACCUGUGCAAGCAGAAGGGCCGUGGCGCAUCAAUUCAGUGCCACAAGGCCAACUGUUACACUGCGUUUCACGUCACAUGUGCUCAGCGUGCAGGCCUGUUUAUGAAGAUUGAUCCUGUGCGAGAGACAAACGUUAAUGGGACUACAUUCUCUGUGAAAAAGACAGCAUUCUGUGAGGCCCAUUCACCACCAGGACAAGAGGCCGUCUCAGAUGAGGAGAGUGAAGGGAGAGUGGUGGGCAGCCGAGGGAGGGCCAGCAGAGGACGGAGUGCCUACACAGAGGGCCCUAUAACACCGAAAAAAGGCAGGAAGUCUGAAGAUGGUGCCAAGCUGGGUAAAAAGAAAGGGAAGAGGGGCUCCGAGUCAACAGAACAACACACGGCUUCACCGCAAGUAAUAGUGGCUCAGAUACCCACAAGCAGGCUGAAUAUCAUCUGUAAAGGAAUCGUCUUUCAGAGAAAGAAACCGUUCAUGCAUAGGCUGCAUUAUUACUGGUUACUGAAGCGGCAGUCAAGGAGCGGUGUGCCGCUGGUCCGGCGUCUGAUCUCUAGCAUCCAAACCCAAAGGAUUACUGAACAGAUCAUGCCUGAGGUGGAUGAGAAGGCUUCUGCUGCAAGAGAAGCUCUGAGAUAUUGGCAGAAGCUGCGGCAUGAUCUUGAGAAAGCUAGGCUGUUGGUGGAGCUCAUCCGCAAGAGAGAGAAACUCAAACGAGAACAGGUCAAAGUUCACCAGGAAGCUCUGGAGAUGCAGUUGACCCCAAUGUUGGUGCUGCUCCGCUCCACUCUGGACCAACUACAGGAGAAGGACACAGCCCAGAUCUUUACAGAGCCAGUCAACAUCAAGGAGGUCCCCGACUACCUGGAGUUCAUCAGCCAGCCCAUGGACUUCUCCACGAUGCGCGCUAAGCUGGAGAGUCAUGCCUACCGCUCCGUGGCUGACCUGGACACCGACUUCAACCUGAUGGUGUCCAACUGCCUCCUCUACAACAGCAAGGACACCGUCUUCCACCGAUUAGCGCUGCGCCUUAGAGACUUGGGGGGAGCCGUGCUGCGCCAUGCACAGCGCCAAGCCACCAACACCGGCCUGGACCUGAACACUGGCAUGCAUCUCUCCGAGUCGCCGCAGAAACGAGCCUUUUACAGCUGCACCUGGGAGGACGUUGACAGUGUGCUGGAUCCAGACAACCGGCUUCAUAUGACGGUGGAGGAACAGCUGAAGGAGCUGUUGGAGAAGAUGGACUUUGUCUCCUCCAUGCGAUGCAGCGGCGCCCGGACUCGACGGAUCCGCCUGCUUCGUCGCGAGAUCAACAACAUCCGCUACAGGCAGGGCCAACACCACCGCUUCAGCCUUCAUAAUGGACAUCUGAAGGAAGACGACGAUGAUGAGGAGGAGGAGGAGGAGGAGGAGGAGGAUGACGACAAAGAUGCCAAGGCAGACAACGGACUGUCGCCUUCGGACAAAGAUGACCUUAAAUCCACUUCGCCCCCGACACUGGAACCGACUGGGCCAGCCCCUCCUCCACGACGCGGGGACGCACCUCUGGAACCUCCCACCCUGCGGCCAAUCACAGGGGAGCGCCAGUCCCCCAGCUGGCCCUGCAAACGCCUAAAGAUGGACGGUGACCUCUCAGACCUCGCCACAGCGAACACGAAUUGCACUAAACCACAGGAGCGGCAGGUGUCGCCGCCCCCCAUUUUGCACAGCGAAGGACCGACGGUGACCAACGGCCUGCCGGAGCUCAGCACUCCUCCGCGGCCCACCACCGGAGUCGGACGACGAACCUCUGUAUUAUUCAAAAAGGCAAAAAAUGGCGCUAAGCUGUUCAGAGAGAGAGACAAUCCUUUGCUGAACGGAAAGGAGCAGCAGGACCACAAUUCAAGCAACACCCCGACAGUGCCCAACUCCACAGCCAGUACCCCAUCCUCAACACCUGUGUCCACUCCAUCGAAGACCCCACAGAAAAGCCCCGGACCCCCCACCCUCAAUGAACAAUGGACCCCCAGUCGGUACAUGUGCUCAGAUAGUGAGCUGGAGAAGACACCAAAUCAUACACUGGAAAGUGGACUGACCAACGGCUUCAACAAGCACAAAGACGGUGGGUCUGACUCCGAGUACAGCCCUUGUCCAGUCCUGCACAAAGAAAUUAGCUCGCCACCCAAAAGAAGCCUUGGGAAACCAGCUCUUUCCAAAGUUCCCUUUCUGGAGAUAGUCAAUGGAGACUCUGAUUAUACUGGCAACGGCAGCCUAAGGACUGAGGCUGGGAAGGAGCUGGAGUCCCUAGAUCUGGUGUGGGCGAAGUGUCGGGGAUAUCCCUCCUAUCCUGCUCUGAUCAUCGACCCAGAGAUGCCCGAGGAGGGCAUGCUGCACAACGGGGUGCCCAUCCCUGUCCCACCCAAAGAGGUCCUCUGUCUGGGGGAGCAGAGGCAGGAGGAGACCAAUGAGAGGCUCUACCUGGUGCUCUUCUUUGACAACAAGCGGACAUGGCAGUGGCUCCCACGGGACAAAGUGACAGCCCUGGGUGUCGACGACACAGCGGACAAGCUGCGCAUAAUGGAGGGUCGCAAGUCCAGCAUCCGCAAGUCUGUGCAGGUGGCGUACGACCGCGCCAUGAUCCACCAGAGCCGAGUCAGCCACAGCCACGGCUUUGUCGCCUCCAACUACCUGUAGAGGGCAGCGGUGAGCCCUGUGUGAGCCCUGUGCGCGCCCACAGUCAGCCACUAUGCAUUUCUGUUUGGUUCCUAAAGCAGCAGGUGUGGUCCUACUGCGAGUUGUUAAUUUGUAUUCACGCUGUGGUCUAAAGAGAGGCUUCUGCACAGCACGGAGUCCUGGACUGUAGUUCGUUACCAAACCACUAGUGUCUGAAACACAGAGCGGGGCUGUUUGUUUGCCUUUGUGUCGUCAUGGAGCUCUGGAUGUGAAUGAAGUUACCUUGAGGUCCCACGGUGCUGCGGUCGGUAAGCGUUAAAUCCCUGUUCAGGGGUGUAUCGAGGUAUCUGCUUCCUCCACCUGGAUGUGUUGAAGCCGUGUGUCUGGAUCAAAUGUAAAAGAAUUUCCCUCCGUUUCGUUUAAUGCUACUGCCAAGGAAUCAAAUUGUCAGAAAAGAGAUUUGUCCUAUUUAUAUGAAACGCAGAAGACAAAUGAAUGGAUCACUGCCAUCUUUUAUACAAUAGCUUUUUACAUUUUAAUCUUUUACAAAGACACUUGUAUAUUAUAAAGGCACACUUUGUGUACAUAUGUUUUAUCUAUUUUUAAUUUAAUGUUGCUGUUUUUAAAAUGCGUAUUUCAAUCAACCCACAAGGGGCAAAGCGAGGCUGUGUGUAUCUGUGGAGACGAAAUGAUUCCUGACUUGCUGCAGUGCGUGUGUGUGCGUGUGCGCGCGCAUUCAGAGCAUACAACACAAUGAGCCAAUUGUUCUUUAUAUUUGAAUUCUCUUUUUGAUACAGAGAAAUACUUUAUUUAUGGGAUAUAUAAAUACAGUUAUAUUGGUUAAAGUUGAGAAUUAAAUCUUAUUUAAAACAAAUGGAGUGAAGUUUAAAAAGACAUGCGGCCAACAUUUUAACAUAAGUUCACAUUUGGUUUGGUGGUGAUUUUACUGAAGACCAGCCGCCAUCAUUCACUGUUGACCCCCAGAAUAUUUUAUUUAUUGUCGAGAGCCCCAUUUUAUCAAAUGGAAAAAUACACCUUUAUAAGCUUGUAAUACCUGCAUAUUUUACCUGCUCACCAAAUAUUGUCAAAACAAAUAUUUCCACAUUUUGGGAAAUCAAUGCUCUAUUAAAAGACUUUUGGGAUACUU